CUAGCAACGCAGCAGACGACUUACUUUUCAAGAUCUAGACUACACCUGAAGACUAUUUGAUAUUGUGUUAAGAAAGUUUAGGGUUCUAACAAGUUGAAAUACUAAAAUGUCAAGUGACAUGGAUAUAAAUGAGCUGGAAAAACUUAUUAACAGCUUGGAAUUUGAAAACCAGUGUCAUGUUAAGCUUAUAGAGAAGGAAAACCAACUAAUAAAUAAUUUGGAAGCUCAAAUUUAUGAGAACAAUGAACAAACUAGAAAGCUUGAAGAAGAUUUGUCAAGAUAUGAUGAGGAAACCAAACGAUUGCACAAACAAUAUACACACAACAGGGACAAUAUUGAAAGCCUUAAGCAAACCAAGACUGUAAUGAUGGAUCAUGAACUUGCUCUGAUUAAACAGUUAGAGACAUUAAAAGUAAAGACUGAUGAAAACAGCAAAUUUUAUAAAGAGCAUGUUGCAAACUACUCAAACAUAAGAGAUGACUACAUGAGGAAAUACAAGGCUUUUCCCCUUGCUAUGAUACUUCAGGAAAACAUGGCAAAACUAGAAGAAAACAAAGUGAAAGUAAAACAAACAGGAGAGGUUGAAGCUGAACUUAAGGCCAAAAUAGCAUCUAUUGAAGAUGAGUUGGAUUCUAAAGUGAUGACAAGGAUUAUGGUGAAAAUUGCUAAAACUAAAGCUGCAACAAAUUGUUUAGAAAAAGAAAUCCAGGAGUGUCUUACUGAAAAGACUCUACUAUUAGAAAAACUUUCAGCUAUCCAGGAGAUCAAUCAGAAUAAGUAUCCCCAGCCAAACUCAUCAAGUAAUGAGGAAGUAGAGGAAAUGAACAUAGAGACAGACACACUACACAAAGAUACUGCUGUUGAUGGAUCUGACAUCACUACCUUUGCUAACAUGACAAUAGACGAUGUAGAAGCCACUCAAAGCUUGGAUAAAGAUAAGGAAACUUCUCCUCAGUCUGGACAUAAUGAACAAAUAAGAGAGGUUGCAGAUGAAGACUAUGUAAUGAGAGUAGAAACAAACCCAGUGUCAUUGAGGGAGUCACAGAUAAAAGACCAGCAAGCACAGAUGUGUGCUAACAACACAGCUGUAGCAGAAAGUAACAGGAUAGUCACUAGUCAACACUUUAAGAAAUGGGAUAACAUUACAUCUCAGAAUAAAGAAAAACCAGAGAGCAUUAGAUCACAGGAACGUCCAGCCAGUCAGGUACAUGUCAUGACAGCAGCUGGAGAUGCUCCUAUGUUGACCAGUCUUCCUGUUAGGUCCUCCCCACAAACUCCAGUCUCCUCACUGCCAAGGCUAAGGGCGAUUCCUAGGCCUUUUGUCAAGCCUACACUUGUAAAGGAUCAACAACCACAACAGCAAACUCAACAGACACCACAGCCAACCAGGAUUCCUGUUCCUCAUUUUGUUAAGAAUACCACUGUAAGUCAUGCUUCAGAAACCAACAUGGAGAAACCAAAUGUUGUGAGACAGCCUUCCUCAUUCAUGCCUAGGUUGAACUUGCCCAGACCACCACAAAUAAAUCUACUAGCCAAACCAUCACCUCGCUUUCAGCCUGCCCAUGUGCUUGGUAUAGAACAUACCAAAGAGGGAACAAAUCAGACAAAGUUAGAGAUGGUAAUGUAA